AUGUUUGAAAACCAAAAUUUAGAUCUGCAUGCUUCCGAUCUGGUGAAAACAGCGGCAUCACGUUAUGACGAAUAUGUUAAUGUAAAGGACUUGGCCGAUAAAAUCAACCGUGCCCUAACAGCUGCAAAGAAGGACAAUGAUUUUAUUUAUCAUGAUAGAGUACCAGACCUAAAGGAUCUUGAACCUAUUGGAAAGGCUUCUCUUGUAAAGCCUACUGCUAUCACAUUCCCUCUAAGCCAGAAAUACAAUGAUCUGUUUGAGAAGAUGGUUCCUUUAUCGGUACAACAAGCGUUAAAUGAUUAUAAUCAGCGAAAGGCUGAACUAAUCAAUUCAGCAAUAGGUCAAAUGAGAGAAGCUACAAUAUUUUCUAAUGGGGUACUUGCUUCCUUAAAUCUCCCUGCUGCCAUUGAAGAUGUAUCUGGUGACAGUAUUCCUCAGUCCAUUCUGCAGAAGUCAAAAGCGGUUAUUGAGCAAGGAGGCAUCCAAACAAUUGACCAGCUGAUACGAGAUCUUCCAGAAUUGCUUCAGAGGAACAGAGAGAUCCUUGAUGCGUCACUAAAGUUUCUGGAUGAAGAAGAAGCUACAGAUAAUGAUUUAAAAUCGAAGUUCAAAGACCGUUGGCAGAGGACACCAUCGAUUGAACUUUAUAAACCCUUGCGUCUAGAGGGUUCAAAUUUCCGAAAUGUUUUGGAUAAAGCAGUUGGAGCAGAUGCAGUUGUUAAAGAAUGCUAUCAAACACACCGGGAAGCAAUUUCUACUUUGUGUAAACCAGAAGCAGAGCUCAAUGCUGCCAUUCCUUCUGCUAACCCUGCAAAAACAAAUCAGGGUAGUGAGGUUCUGAGCACCUUGAAAUCUCUGCUAGCUAACUUGGAUGAAUUAAAGAGAGAACGGGAACUACUGGAAAAUGAUAUUAAGUGUGUUAACUUUGACAUGACCACAAAAUUCCUCACUGCUCUGGCUCAAGAAGGUGUAAUUAACGAGGAGGCUCUAUCCGUGACUGAAUUAGAUCAUCUUUAUGGAUGCUAUACUUUAAAAAUUCAAGAAAGUUUGAAGAAGCAAGAGGAUCUGAUUAAUAGUAUUCGGGCUGCUCACCAAGAAUUCUCAAAGAUGAGACAGUCAAACAGUGAAGCAAACCUAAGAGAAGAAGUUCUAAAAAACUUAGCAGUGGGAUAUGAUAACUAUGUGGAGCUUGUUGCUAAUCUGAGAGAAGGCACAAAGCUGAGCGUUGUUCCGGCUUUGGAUGUGGAGUUUGUGUGUCCACAGCUUUAUUUUUCAGUACCAACCUAA